UCAGUAUCCGAGUCCAUCGAUGUUUCUCUUCUCUCUCCCUCUCUCUCUCUCGUUCGCCGUCUACUCCACGGCCGACCAGGUAUCUCACAUUUCUUUCAGUGCGUCUGUGUUUCGUGUGUGCAUUUGCAACUAAACAAGACAAAUCGGUCUUGUAAUUCUACAUUCCGAUUCUUUUCUGCUUUUACAGUUCACCAUCUGAGCAUAUUCAUCUCCGAGUUUGUUUUCAUGCUCGGAGUUCACUCAAUCUGAUGAUAUGUAUAUCUUGAGAUACCCAGUUGGAUAUGUAUAGAGCUCUUGGUAGACAUCGGCUCAUAUACCGUUCCCUCAUAUCAAACUACGUUAAAACUGGUCUCAUAGACAAAGCCCUCCAAGUGUUUGACAAAAUGUCUCAAUCAGAUUGUCGAGUUUUCAGCAUUGACUACAACCGUAUCAUUGGCGUUUUGGUAUGUCAUUCACGUUUCGAAUUAGUGGAACUGUAUUACGAUGCCAUGAUUCCAAAAGGGUAUUCUUUAAACUCAUUCACAUACUCAAGGUUUAUAUGUGGUUUAUGUAAAGUUAAAGACUUUAGAUUGAUUGAUAAACUUUUAAAAGACAUGAAUAGAAUAGGAGCUGUGCCUGAUAUGUGGGCAUACAAUAUGUAUUUAAAUGUUCUAUGUUCUGAAAGCUCAGUGGACAUAGCUUUAACUGUGUUGACAAACAUGGUCGAGAAGGGUAAAGAACCUGAUGUUGUGAGCUACACCACUGUUAUAAACGGUCUAAUGAGGGCUAAAAAGUUCAAUGAAGCUGUUGAAAUGUGGCAUGAAAUGAUCCGAAAAGGUAUAAAACCAGAUUCCAAUGCUUGUAGAGCUCUUGUAUUGGGUUUAUGUAAUGUUGGAAAAGUUGACUUAGCUUAUGAAUUAACAGUAGGUUUCAUGAAACUUUCCUUCAGCACACAAGUGUACAAUGUUCUUAUUCAUGGGUUUUGUAAAGCUGGUUGCCUUAAUAAAGCACUAGCAAUCAAAAGCUUUAUGAGAAGAAACGGGUGUCCACCUGAUUUGGUUACUUACAACAUGUUUUUGAAUUAUUAUUGUGAUGAACUGAUGUUAGAAGAAGCUGAAAAGCUAAUGAAGAGUAUGGAGAGAAGUGGUAUGAAGCUCGAUAGUUAUAGUUACAACCAAAUCAUCAAAGGUUUUUGCAAAGUGAAUCGAAUAGAAAAGGCAUACAUGUUAAUGGUGAGAAAGAUGGAAGUGAAAGGCAUGGUUGAUGUUGUAUCUUACAACACAAUCAUUAAAGCUCUUUGUAAAGGGCCCCACAACACUAUGAAGGCGUAUGAGUUAUUUAAAGAAAUGGGCAUUCAAGGUAUUCUUCCAGAUGUUGUUACUUUUACCAUUUUGAUUAAAUCUUUUCUAAGAGAAGGUGAUUUUAAUGUGGCAAAGAAGCUUUAUGAUAAAAUGACAGAAAUGGGGUUGUCACCUGAUCGUGUAUUAUAUACAACUUAUAUUGAUCAUAUGUGUAAAACAGGGAGAAUAUCAAUGGGUUAUGAUAUCUUUUGUGAUAUGGUGAAAGAUGGGAUUAAGCCUGAUGUUGUUUGUUAUAAUGCGAUUAUUGGUGGGUUUUGUAAGGGUUUUAGGGUUAGUGAAGCUAUGGAUUUGUUUGAGAAGAUGAAAGUUGAAGAUUUGUAUCCAGAUGAAGUGACAUUUAGAUUGAUUAUUAGAGGACUUGUACAUGAAAAGAAGCUUUCAUUGGCUUGUAAUGUGUGGGAUGAGAUGAUGAAUAAGGGUUUUACUCUUGACACAGAUCUUUCAGAGACUCUUGUUAAAUCCAUCCAUUCAAAACAUGCAUAUGGCAUAUAAGUAUUGGAAAAAAGGUUGAAAUAUUUUGAUUUGAAGUUGGGCAUAUGAGUAGAGUUGAUAUGCCACUUCAAAGUCUCAUCAUCUUUCCAAUUGACUUCAAGUUGUUGACCAAGGUGCUCGUUAAAUGAGGAGGGGCAUUUACGUCUUUUGCACAUACGAGAAGUCGAGAGUGAGUCAUUGCCCCCUCUCGUUCCACCAUUGGUAUUAAUCUCUGUGUUCUAGUCUAAUGCAUGCCAAACACAGUACAAGACUAACAGUCUGUUAUGUUAUGUAACAAAUGGGCCCUGAAGCACUUGAAUGAGACAAUAAGAUGUUCAUAAGCAUUUUAUGAAACAAAUGGAAAACAAUUUCCAAGUUGGAUUUUAAUAAUGAGAAAUGUGAGUUUAAAAAGUUUUGUAAAAUCAUUUGGAUAGGGUAGAGAUUGAUGAAACAUUUGAAUAUCUAAACUUAGUUUGAUGUAAAUAUGUAGCCACAAAAUGAGCUCUAAAAUGUUCAAUUGUAAUUUUGUAUUUUUCUUUUUUAAAAAGAAUUCCAUGAUGUCAUUUGUUUA